ACCUAUUAGAGCCUUUGCCCCGGCGCCGGUGACUCAGUGUUCGCGGGAGCGACGCCUCUAUACUAGCCAACCCCGAUCUGGAGAUCCGACAACGCCCGGCCCAGAUCCCCACGCCUGCCAGGAGCAAGCCGAAAGCCAGCCGGCCGGCGCGCUCCGACCCCGAACUGUGUCUGUCCUUCAGCCUGAGCCCCGCGCCCUUCUCGGGACCCCUGCCCUGCGGGCAGCACUGCCACCCUGCCGGCCAUGGAGACACCGUCCCAACGGCGCGCCACCCGCAGCGGGGCGCAGUCCAGCUCCACCCCGCUGUCGCCCACCCGUAUCACCCGGCUGCAGGAGAAGGAAGACCUGCAGGAGCUCAAUGAUCGCCUGGCAGUCUACAUCGACCGUGUGCGCUCACUGGAGACGGAGAACGCAGGACUGCGCCUUCGCAUCACCGAGUCCGAGGAGGUGGUCAGCCGCGAGGUGUCCGGCAUCAAGGCCGCCUAUGAGGCCGAGCUUGGAGAUGCCCGCAAGACCCUCGACUCGGUGGCCAAGGAGCGAGCCCGCCUGCAGCUGGAAUUGAGCAAAGUGCGAGAGGAAUUUAAGGAGCUCAAAGCGCGCAAUACCAAAAAGGAGGGAGACUUGCUGGCUGCCCAGGCCCGCCUCAAGGACCUGGAGGCUCUCCUCAACUCCAAGGAGGCCGCACUAAGCACUGCCCUCAGUGAGAAGCGCACGUUGGAGGGCGAGCUGCACGAUCUGCGGGGGCAGGUGGCCAAGCUCGAGGCAGCCCUAGGUGAGGCCAAGAAGCAACUUCAGGAUGAGAUGCUGCGGCGGGUGGAUGCUGAGAACAGACUGCAGACCCUGAAGGAGGAACUGGACUUCCAGAAGAACAUCUACAGCGAGGAGCUGCGUGAGACCAAGCGCCGCCAUGAGACCCGGCUGGUAGAGAUUGAUAAUGGGAAGCAGCGUGAGUUUGAAAGCCGGCUGGCGGACGCCCUGCAAGAGUUGAGGGCCCAGCACGAGGACCAGGUGGAACAGUACAAGAAGGAGCUGGAGAAAACCUAUUCUGCCAAGUUGGAUAAUGCCAGGCAGUCGGCGGAGAGGAACAGCAACCUGGUGGGGGCUGCCCACGAGGAGUUGCAGCAGUCCCGUAUCCGCAUUGAUAGCCUGUCGGCCCAGCUCAGCCAGCUCCAGAAGCAGCUGGCAGCCAAGGAGGCUAAGCUGCGGGACCUGGAGGAUUCACUGGCCCGUGAACGGGACACCAGCCGGCGGCUGCUGGCAGAGAAGGAGCGAGAAAUGGCAGAGAUGCGGGCAAGGAUGCAGCAGCAGCUGGAUGAAUACCAGGAGCUGCUGGACAUCAAGCUGGCCCUGGACAUGGAGAUCCAUGCCUACCGCAAGCUCCUGGAGGGCGAGGAGGAGAGGCUACGCCUGUCCCCCAGCCCCACCUCGCAGCGCAGCCGUGGCCGUGCCUCCUCUCACUCGUCCCAGACACAGAGUGGGGGCAGCAUCACCAAGAAGCGCAAGCUGGAGUCCAGCGAGAGCCGGAGCAGCUUCUCCCAACAUGCACGCACCAGCGGGCGUGUGGCUGUGGAGGAGGUGGAUGAGGAGGGCAAGUUUGUGCGGCUGCGCAACAAGUCCAAUGAGGACCAAUCCAUGGGUAACUGGCAGAUCAAACGCCAAAAUGGAGACGACCCGUUGAUGACCUACCGCUUCCCACCAAAGUUCACUCUGAAGGCUGGGCAGGUGGUGACGAUCUGGGCUGCUGGAGCUGGGGCCACCCAUAACCCCCCUACCGACUUGGUGUGGAAGGCACAGAACACCUGGGGCUGCGGGAACAGCCUGCGCACAGCACUCAUCAAUUCCACUGGGGAAGAGGUGGCCAUGCGCAAGCUGGUACGCUCAGUGACUGUGGUUGAGGACGAUGAGGAUGAGGAUGGAGAUGACCUGCUCCAUCACCACCAUGGCUCCCACUGCAGCGGCUCGGGGGACCCCGCUGAGUACAACCUGCGCUCACGCACCGUGCUGUGCGGGACGUGCGGGCAGCCUGCCGACAAGGCGUCAGCCAGCGGAUCGGGAGCCCAGGUGGGCGGAUCCAUCUCCUCUGGCUCUUCUGCGUCCAGUGUCACAGUCACUCGCAGCUACCGCAGUGUGGGGGGCAGUGGGGGUGGCAGCUUCGGGGACAGCCUGGUCACCCGCUCCUACCUCCUGGGCAACUCCAGUCCUCGAACCCAGAAUGCCCAGAACUGCAACGUCAUGUAACCUGGGACCUGCCAGGGCCGGGUGGGGUGGAGGUUCCUGCUUUCACCUCACCUCACACCCAUGCCCACACACUCUGCACCUCAUGAGUGGGGCCUUGAAGCCAAAGAAAAAUACCCUCCUUUGGUUUUUUCUUCUGUGUUUCAAUUUUUUUUUUCUAAGAGAAGUUAUUUUCUACAGUGGUUUUAUACUGAAGGAAAAACAUAAGCAAAAAAAAAAAGCAUCUAUAUUCGCAUUUCUAUCUCCUUCCUUUUCCCUGCUCAUAGGAAAUUCCGUAUCUGCCUUAAAACCAAAGAGGGCUUCCUCUAGGAGCCAAAGGAAAAGGGUGCUUUUACAGAGUCUAAAUUUUGCUUUUCUGCCCUGGCUGGUGCCCCCACCCCGGGGACCCUGUGACAUGGUGCCUGAGAGGCAGGUGUGGAGUCUUCUCUGCCCAAGCUUCCUCCCAGGUGGCAAGCCCAUCACCAGAACAGCCACCAGACCAGGGAGGAGGGUUGACCCAGGGCCCCUGGGCCCAGCCUCUCAUUCCACUACACCUGGUGAAGGCUCCUCUGCCUGCCCCACCCCCAGCCCCCUGCCCUUAUCCCCCGGGGUGAGUUGAUUCUCCCAGAUACCAGCUGUGCUUGCUUUUUCUGUAUUUUUAUUUAGACAAGAGAUGGGAAUGAGGUGGGAGGUGGAAGAAGGGUUACUUUGAAUCUACUUUCUCCCAGCUUUAGCACUGGGGUGGGCGCUGGUCAGUCACUGAAGGUCAAGGUCAAGUGAGGUGUAGGGAGGAGGGAGGCCUACUAGAAAAGAUGAGAAUCUGCUGCAGGAGGAAGGUGAGAAGGGGGGGGGGCGGUGUGUGGCAGUGGUUUUUGGCAAACACUAAGGAGCUCCUUGCCUCCCUGUUUCCCAUCUGCACCCCUCCUUUCUUCCCCAAAUCAAUACACUAGUUGUUUCUAUCCCUGGC